AUGUUCCUCCCCUUCCCCGUAAUCCUCAAAUCCCAAAUCCAAAAACGCAAAAAGAUCGUCCUCCUCGCACUCUUCAUCCUCGGCAUCUUCGUCACAAUAAUCCAAGCCAUCCGGAUCCAAACCAUAAAAAACCUCGUAAACUACCUCGACUCGGCAAAAUCGAUCCAGUGGUCCGUCGUCGAGACCUGCAUCGGCAUCAUCAUCGCCUGCGUCCCGACGCUGGCGCCCAUGGUGAAGUACUUUGCCGAGCGGAGCCGCAACGCGGGCAGCACCACCGGCGGCGGCGGCGGCGGCGCCUCGAGACCAAAGAGUUCAAAGUAUGCGCUGCAGACGUGGGGGACGAGGAGGAGCGGGAUGCAGCCGCUGGGCACGGGGAUCGAUAACCGGGACGCGGACGGGACGUCUGUGAGUGGCGGGAGUUUGACGACGAAGCCGGAGGAUAGUACGGAGAAUAUACUCGAUCCGGGCGGCGUUGUGUCCAAGGGGAGGAUGCUGCAUGCCGCGACGCCGAGUGAGCCCGAGUCGUGGACAGAUCCGACGGAUAAGGAGAGGAAGCAGGAUGUUUGA